UUCUCAAGGCUGACUGAGAGGUUUGUGAAUGGGGUGGAUAUAUUAAUGGACACAUUCUGGAGAAUAUGGACUGACCUGUUAGAUGUUCUUGGGAUUGAUGCCUCCAACCUGACUCAUUAUUUCAGCCCAGCAGCAAUUGCCAACAACCCAACCCGUGCUCUUCUGCUGAUUGGUGCCAUUUUACUUGCCUAUUGGUUUUUAUCUCUCUUCCUUGGAUUCUUCUUCUAUCUCCUGCAUAUGAUGUUUGGUCGCUUCUUCUGGAUUGCAAGGGUUGCCCUCUUCACCCUCUCGUGUGUGUACAUCCUCCAGAAGUACGAAGGUGAUCCAGAACACGCGGUGCUGCCUCUCUGCUUUGUUGUAGCCGUCUAUUUCAUGACCGGGCCUGUUGGAUUUUACUGGAGAAGAAACAGCAACAGCAGCCUGGAGGAGAAGAUGGACCACCUUGACAGCCAGAUCAGACUUCUCAAUAUUCGUCUUUCUAGGGUAAUUGAAAACCUGGACAGAGGCAGUGACCAAUGAACCGACCCCUAUAGACCACUGUACACCAGCUCUCUAGAAAAUUCCUAAGCACUGUCUCAUUCGAAGUUACAAAGCAGCAAAACAUCACAUGGUAAAAAGUGUGCAAGGUUAAAACUUUUCAUCAUGUGUAAGACUAAUUUAUCUAGAUUAUACACUCAGCCAUUAUACUUGUAAGGAAAGAAACAUUUAAAGAUUUCAGCUGUAUAUUUAGAGUUUUAUCCAGUACUAGAAUUUUCUCAGUAGAUAAACGCUUACUUUUACAAGCAUUUAAAAACAUCUUUUGUAAAGUUUUUAUAAAAGCAAAUUGAGUAGUAUUUCAGAUAUUUAAAUUGAGCUAAACAUAUGCAAAUUUGACACU